AUCUACACUUGGGUACACCGACUAUCCUGUGCUCGGUUAUAUACGAGACGUAGGGUUCGACAAUGUUCUUUUCAGUUACAAAUCCAUCCCCAGAAGGUUUUUCUGGGGGUUUCUCUUCUCCAUUAAAAUGUGAAUUUAUCCGGAUUCACAAUCCAAUCUGAGCAUUUUUUCUUUCACUUUCCCGAGAAAAUAAAUCUUCAACACAUCCGUAUUUGCAAUUCUCUCCACGUUCACCCAUUGGUGAAUCGUUCUUCCAACAACUUCACUCAUCGUUGGUUAUCUAUAAAGGUUGAGUUAGGGUUUUGCAUAUUUAUUAUCGAACUAUAUCUAUUGAGUCUUAUAUUGCGAUUCGAAUAAGUUAAACGGUAAUCCGUGGAGGCCAGAUUGGGUUUUGUGAAUCGGUAUCGAAGAUGGACGGUGCGGAUCGAGACGAUGAUCGGACAUUUAAAGUUAAUUUUUCCAGCGAUGGAGCGGCGAGGUUGCGAGAUUGUGUGAAGGAGAAACUGAAGGAGUUCAUGGGGGAUUACACUGACGACACUCUCGUGGAGUAUGUGAUAGUCUUGCUUAAAAAUGGUAGGCGCAAAGAAGAAGCAAGGAAUGAGUUGAAUGUCUUUUUGGGUGAUGACAAUUAUUCUUUCGUAUCUUGGCUGUGGGAUCACUUAGGAUCAAAUGUGCAUCUGUAUGUACAACCUUCAAAAUCUUAUCCUGAUGAAGCAGCCAAAACAAAAUUAAUGUCUGUGGAGCAGGCUGGAAGAAAUGAUUCUCAGCCCUUGGUAUCUAAUUCUGAAGUAGGAAAGUCUAAUAAAAUAUUGAGUAACCGGCGGAAUAGGGAGUGGAAAGGACUAAUAAGGGAUUCAGAUGAACCACCGCCUCUUCGAAGCUCUGUGAAUGACAAUGCUCGUGCAGAGGAGAGAACUUAUCACAAAGUUGGUCGUGCAAAACGAUCUCUCUCUCCCCAACCUAUGGUUCAGAAGAAAAGAAGUCGGCCCGACGAAGGACAAGCAGCAAAGAGGGAAGCAGUUUCUCAAGCAACCAUUAAUGCUCCUCGAAGGCUGCUGCAAUUUGCAGUACGGGAUGCAGUGGGCACUUCAAGGCCCUCCAAGUCAACAACAGAGCCUGCAUUGAAGCGCCUACGUUCUGUGGUUUCUACAACAACUGGUGAUUCGUCUCUUGAAGAUCGUCCCCAAAGAAUUCGGUCAGUUGCAAGAGUAUCAAAUGGCAUGGCAACUGCUAUUAAAGCUGUAGCAGAAGCUGCCAAAGGUGUAGGAAAAGUCAGAUCUUCAGUCAACGUGUUUGAUCGGCUUGGUCGAGGUACGGAUAAACCACAGGGCAGUAACCAGCUAAAAGAAUUUAGGGAAGCUGCUGUCAAAGAUGUAGAAGGAGAUUUUGAUCGAAUUCCAGAGGAGACCCAUUCCGAUUAUCUUCAAGGAAUUGACUACAGAGGACAGUAUGUUGGAAAAAUGACGAUGUUGGAAAGUGAUACUGGUAUGGCUUCUGAUUCUGCGUCUGAUAAUGAAGGAUAUGAUGAUAUCAAUGUUAUGGGCCGUAGUCUUAAGGAUGUUUCUCAGACUGGCACAUCUGGUGGAAACAAGGGUGACGACUCGCUGAUGGUGCAGUACAGUAGUGUAGCUGAGAACGCUGAUGAAAUUUCACGGAAACUACGAAGAGAUCAGGAUCAACCUGCUUCUGUAGCAAACACUUCACGUAAGAUAGUGAAUAUAUCUGUGAAUGUAAAUACGUGGAAACCAUCUCAUUUUCAGGAGCAGAGGGAGACUUCAGAAGUGGAUAGUCGGAAAUCUGUACAGGAAAGUGAGGAAGGUGAUGCUGGCAAAUCUGGGGUACGUUUGAUGAAGGAGAAUAGCAACCCUGUAAUGGUUGAUAAUGGAAAUGCAAAACCUGCUGUUGUUACUGGGACAGAGUCUCAGAGGACACUACCAUCCGCUACAGGAUAUUCUGCUGGUCGUCCUACAGAAGAUGCUGAUUCGCGUACCAUUUUUGUUAACAAUGUUCAUUUUGCUGCCACCAAGGAUAGUCUUUCUCGUCACUUCAACAAGUUUGGUGAAGUGCUCAAAGUGGUUAUAGUAACUGAUGCAGCCACAGGGCAACCCAAAGGGUCAGCCUAUGUAGAGUUCAUGAGAAAAGAUGCAGCGGAACAUGCUUUAUCUCUGGAUGGUACCUCCUUUAUGUCACGCAUUCUUAAGGUCACGAGAAAAAGCUCUGCUCAUCAAGAAGCUGCACCUAUAAUUGCAUGGCCCCGCAUUGCACGAGGAUCGCCGUUUGCUGCUCCUAGAUUUCCCAGAGUUCCUUUCCCAAGAGGUAUGCCUAAUGUGUAUAGGCCUAACCUUUCAAUCAAACCUGGUGCGAGGAGCAUGCAGUGGAAGCGGGAUGCGCAGCCCACUCCACCUGCCAGUGGGACUCCAACAUCCAGUAACGUUACUCCUCGUAGUCUCACUUAUGUCCGAACAGAGACUAAAACAAAUGUGAAUUCCGAAACUGCCUGAACAGACACGAAAACAACUGGGAUUCCUGGAACCGCAUGAUCAGAGUCUAAAACAAAUGGGAAUUCUGGAACUGCCUAGUUCACCAAAUUAUCUUUCUUGCCGGAGUCCCAAUUGCAACUGCUCCAACUAAAUGUAACCCAACACAUCAUAGUUUUGUCACCAGAACGCUAUAAUCUUGUGUGGUUGGGAUAUUACUUGGGGUAAAGAAUGGAAAGAAAAAAUAGUAUUGUUUUAUUUUGUUUCAUUUUUUUGCGGGGAGGCUGGUGGUGAAUUGAAAAGUGACAUCUAUGUCUUGAAUAGACUUUUGGACUUUUUAUUUGCUGAUUAAUCAAAUUUCUAGUUAUACUGUUAGUAGUAAUAUAA